GCACCUGGGCCCGGCAGGUAAGGGCCGGUGCGGGACGGAGAGCGGAGCUCGAAGAGUCUACCUGCGCAAACCCAGGUAUUGCUUGCUGACCGGUCAAGGAGUGCUGGGGACUUAGUUCGGGGAACGACCGCUUCUUGUAGCAGGAUUGAGAAAAGAGUCUUUGGGUGGUCCAGAGAAAAGGAAGCUGACCUGAGGUCCAGCUCUUCAGAACCCCGUGGAGACACUGCCUGCUCAUCUCUAUCAUGGCCCUCCACCCCCGCAGAGUUCGGCUGAAGCCCUGGCUGGUGGCCCAGGUGGAUAGUGGCCUGUACCCUGGGCUCAUCUGGCUACACAGGGACUCCAAGCGCUUCCAGAUUCCCUGGAAACAUGCCACCCGGCAUAGCCCCCAACAAGAGGAGGAAAAUACCAUUUUCAAGGCCUGGGCUGUGGAGACUGGGAAGUACCAGGAAGGAGUGGAUGACCCUGACCCGGCUAAAUGGAAGGCCCAGCUCCGCUGUGCUCUCAACAAGAGCAGGGAAUUCAACCUGAUGUAUGAUGGCACCAAGGAAGUGCCCAUGAACCCAGUGAAGAUAUAUCAAGUGUGUGACAUCCCCCAGCCUCAGGGGUCAAUCAUUAACCCAGGAUCCACUGGAUCUGCUCCUUGGGAUGAGAAGGAUAAUGAUGUAGAUGAAGAAGAUGAGGAAGAUGAGCUUGACCAGUCACAGCACCAUGUUCCCAUCCAGGACACCUUCCCCUUCCUGAACAUCAAUGGUUCUCCCAUGGCACCAGCCAGUGUGGGCAACUGCAGUGUGGGUAACUGCAGCCCUGAAGCAGUGUGGCCUAAAACUGAACCUCUGGAAAUGGAAGUACCCCAGGCACCCAUACAGCCUUUCUAUAGCUCUCCAGAGCUGUGGAUCAGCUCUCUCCCAAUGACUGACCUGGACAUCAAGUUUCAGUACCGUGGGAAGGAAUAUGGGCAGACCAUGACGGUGAGCAACCCCCAGGGCUGCCGGCUCUUCUAUGGGGACCUGGGUCCCAUGCCUGACCAAGAGGAGCUCUUCGGUCCUGUCAGCCUGGAGCAGGUCAAGUUCCCAGGUCCAGAGCACAUCACCAAUGAGAAGCAGAAGCUGUUCACCAGUAAACUGCUAGAUGUCAUGGACAGAGGACUGAUCCUAGAGGUCAGCGGUCAUGCCAUUUAUGCCAUCAGGCUGUGCCAGUGCAAGGUGUACUGGUCUGGGCCAUGUGCCCCAUCACCUGUUGCCCCCAACCUGAUUGAGAGACAAAAGAAGGUCAAACUAUUCUGUCUGGAAACAUUCCUUAGUGAUCUCAUUGCCCACCAGAAAGGACAGAUAGAGAAGCAGCCGCCAUUUGAGAUCUAUUUAUGCUUUGGGGAAGAAUGGCCAGAUGGGAAGCCCCUGGAAAGGAAACUCAUCUUGGUUCAGGUCAUUCCGGUGGUAGCUCGGAUGAUCUACGAGAUGUUUUCUGGUGAUUUUACACGGUCCUUUGACAGUGGCAGUGUCCGCCUGCAGAUCUCAACUCCGGACAUCAAAGAUAACAUCGUUGCUCAGCUGAAACAGCUGUAUCGCAUCCUCCAAACCCAGGAAAGCUGGCAGCCCAUGCAGCCUACCCCCAGCAUGCAACUACCCACUGCCCUGCCAGCCCAGUAAUCAUGAAUGACAUCUUUUUUUUUUUUUACAGUAUUGUACAUAUGGAUAUUUUUUAUUCAGAUUUAACCAGCUCUUAAACCUCUCCUUUCUUACGAUCUUACAAUGGUCUCCAACUCUCCACAUACGCUUGACUUUUAAAGUUGAUUUAAUUUAUGGAAAAAUCACCCUUCAUAUCCCCCCUUUCUUUUUUAAACCUCCCCAUGUUAGUAUAAUGUAGUAGGAGAUUUGACCUGGGAGUUUGGACACCAGCCUUCUAGCUGCACCUCUGCUUCAGUGGUAUGACCUUGAACUACCAAGUUAUUUAACCUCUAGGCUUCAGAUUCAUUACUGUAAAAUGAAGGGGUGGAACAAUGCCUGAAACAAUGCCAGCUUUAAAACUCUGGCCUGAUGACUUCAUUCUACUUGUACAAGGCAAAAAAACUGCCUGGAACAGAACCCUUCUGCAUUGUUCUAGCACUAUUUUUUUUCCUUUUAUUAAAGUUCCCUCAAGCACUGA